AACCUACUUUUCAUCCCUCCAGCCUCACAAAGACAACUAGUAACGUUACAUUAGCUUUUCUUCACCUGAAAGGAGACACAGAGAACUGCAACCAUGUCUGAAGCGCCGCCAAAACCAAAGUCGAAGAUCUCUGCAUCUCGCAGACUCUUCUUGAAGACCAAAUUGGUGAAGAAGGCCAUGGCUAUGUUGGUGGCUGAAAAGGAGCAGAAGGUGAUUGACAGAGAAAACACACUGAGUGAACGAGUCCCAGCACUGAAGCUAUCUGGGCUGUCUGUACAGGACCUGCAGACUCUUUGUAAAGAACUGCAUCAGAAAAUUGAUGUUGUUGAUGAAGAGCGGUACGACAUCGCAAUGAAAGUUUCCAAAAGUGACGCAGAGAUUGAAAAUCUGACCACGAAGAUCAUUGAGCUGAAGGGCAAGAAGCGACCUCAGCUGAAGAGGGUGAGAGUAUCAGCUGAAGCCAUGAUGGGGGCCCUGCUGGGAGCCAAGAUCAAAGAGUCUGUCGACUUCAAGGCCAACCUCAAGACUGUCAAGAAGGAGGAGGAGAAGAAAGAGGCAGUGACUGAUUGGCGUAAGAAUGUGGAUGCCAUGUCUGGCAUGGAGGGCAGAAAGAAGCUGUUCGCUGCUUCCUAAUAGCCACGGGAGGAACGAUGACAUCAUUAUGACUUCUCAGUGUUUAACUUACAUUAUGACAGUCAAGGAACAAAGUUAGUUUGUAUGGUUUUACGUAGAUACAGAGUCUCUUGCGUUGUUAUGUGUACAUGUGUUUUGUGUGUGCACCCAAAUCACAUUUAUAUCAUAUGAUAAUUAUAGUCACUCAAUGGUAAAUAAUGUAUUAUCUUUAUGUAAUAUGUUAUGGAAUGUUGUUAUUAUAUACACUACCGUUCAAAAGUUUGGGGUCACUUAGAAAUGUCCUGGUUUUUGAAAGAAAAGCUAUU